GUACCUACAGUACCUACACGGGACACAAAGCACACAUGAGCACACCGGCAUCAUCGUUUGCGGGUUUGCAAGCGAGAAGUAAGUUGUGUAGAGUGUAAUUUGCCGUGAUUGCCCUCCCAGUCGUGCGACAGAUGGUUCGCACAGUUUUGUUUAAGAACCCCGUGCAGACAACCCCGCAUUCCUAAAUGGCCAAGAGGAAAUCGCUUCCCGAAGAGCCGAGAGCGAAGAUGAGCGGCCCCUUUUUCCAAGUUAGCGGCACCAGCGAGAAGCGCGAGUCGGGGCGCGUGAAGGAUGCUAACUUACGACGCGUGCUCGACUCGGCCGCGAGAAUGCGGCGCCAAAAAAAGUCAGUGGAAGGCCUGGAGCACGACAACUUCCACGACGAUCCGCACGCUAACCUGGUGAUGCAUAAGAAGGCGCCCAAGUUCGAAGAGACACUCGAGGCGAAGAGGAAGCGGCGCAGCAAGGGCGAGCCGACCAAGGUGCGCUUCAAGAAGGGGUUCAACGCACUGGUAGAGGAGCACCAAGCCGCCAACCCCGAGCCGCCCAACUACACGCAUGCCAACGUGCCGCCGUCCAAGUUCCCGGCGAGACACUUCUGUGCAGUGUGUGGCUUUCCGUCGAACUACACAUGUGUCUCCUGCGGUUCCAGGUACUGCUCAGUCAAAUGCCUGGGCAUUCACCGCGAUACGAGGUGCUUGAAAUGGACGGCGUAGCAGUGUUCAGCACCACGACCAUCGUAAUCGUCUCGCCCCGUGCCUCGGUUCAUGAACCACAAUGAUUUCGUGUACACGUUGGCGGACUCGCACACCGACACGCACUUGCAGAUUGACGUUGCAGGACGUUGAAGAACCAGGCUUGACUCCAACCGAGCACAAACCUUGCCGAAGACAACCAGAGAGUGGGCAUAGACAAUGGUACCGUACAAGCAGAUUAAAUAUCAUGCGGAGUGCAGCCUCCACGCGCUACCCUGGAUGGUGCUUCACUGCGCACUGUUUCAGACAAGAUUUUACUCAACCUCAUCGAGGACAGAGUGCGGAAAAUGACGACUUCCCGCCUUUUAUAGUGACCACAAUUGUGAAUUAUAUUUUUAUCCGUUGUCUACUUGCAUUACAUCUUGUUAGGAGAAACAUGUUAUCAUUGAGACAUUC